GCUCAAGGGGGCCAAAAGGACUGUAUCACAGGGUCUGCGCGCCAUUCGCGCAGAGCCAUUUUGUUCACCCAAGCCUGACCAUGUCUGGCGAAUCUUUUGGGCCUUCCCCUCGCUUCCAAGACAUACUCAGCGAACUUGUGGCAGCUCAUGUCGAGGAGGUCGCGAAGCUUCGAGAGCAAAUUGAGAAGAUGCAGCACGAGGACAAAAGCCUGGCCCCCCUGCCUCCACCAGCCCAGUUGUCGCCGCCAUUGCCACCGGUGGAGGCGCUUCCAAAGGCCCAGGAGGCUCGGAUGACGAUCUCCAAAGGCCUUUCUUCGCUGGACCUGGUGGAUUCGGAAGAGCCCAGUGAGGACAGCGAAGCUGACAUGCACUGGCUGCGCGCCUUUUUCCUUGGCAGCCACUUUGAAAUGUGUGUGGCCAUGCUUCUCUUCAUUAACAUUUGCCUCAUGGCAGCGCAACUGCAAUACCUUGGCUUGACCAUCGGACAUAAUAUCGGAUACGCCAACUACAACUAUGCAGCAGAGGAGGCCUGGCCAAAUGCCGACAUGGCUUUCUUUGUUGGAGACUUAAGCUUCGCGACUAUCUUUUCGAUAGAAAUCUUGAUCCGGCAAUACUACCUUGGACUUCGCUUCUUCAAGUUUGCUCUGAAUUGGGUCGACUUUUUGGUUGUGUGCAGCUCGUGGGCAGAAAUCUUUGCGGCUGCUUUGCCCAUCAACCCCACCUUUCUGCGGAUGCUGCGUUUGGGAAAGCUUCUUCGAGCCAUUCGGGUGGUGCGGAUGUCCCAGGUCCUGGAUUCCCUGCAGCUCUUGCUGAAAUGCAUCGCUGCCAGCGUCAAAAUCCUGUUCUGGUCAUUGUUUUUGCUCAUGAUCAUUCAGAUCAGCGCAGGGAUGAGCAUCAGCUACAUGGUCAGCGAGUACCUGGUGGACGAGACCGCGCCAACUGAAGCAAGGUUUGCAGUUUUUCGCUACUAUGGGACAUUUACAAAGACCUUGCUGACUAUGUUUGAGGUCCUUUUUGCAAAUUGGGCUCCUCCAUGCAGAGUUCUGAUCGACAACGUGAGCGAGUGGUACUCCCUGGUCUUCAUCAUCUACCGCUGUUUUGUGGGGUUCGCCGUUUUAAACGUAGUGAACGCCGUGUUCGUCCAAAGCACGAUGAAGGUGGCCCAAGCAGAUGAUGACUUCAUUGCCAGAGAGAAGCGCAAAGCGGAGGAGUCGUACCACAGGAAGGUCACCUCUUUGUUCAGACAGGUGGAUACUUCUGGGGAUGGCAAGAUCGAUGUGCGCGAGUUCAAGCGGCUUCUGAGAGCGCCGAAACUCCAAGUUUGGCUAAGCCAACUUGAUAUCGAGACCACGGACCUGUGGGGAUUGUUCAAGAUGCUGGACCAAGGGGAUGGUGAGAUCUCACUUGAAGAGUUCGAGGCCGGCACCAUGCGAAUCAAAGGACUCGCGAGGAGCUUUGAUUUGGCCCAGCUGCAAUCCAUGAUCCAGCGGUUGUCGGCGAAAGUGGACUGCCUGCUAAGGCGAGAAGAUAACGUUCCUCAUGUCGGCCAAAGCGCGCCGUCACCAACAAGUAGCAUCUCCCCGGAUUAUUCCCAAUCCUUUGUAUUUAGCUAAGCCUGUGCCCCUUGAGCGCGGGCAUUCCGAACCUUGCGGAC